UUUUUUUUUUUUGGCCAAAACGAAGAGUUAUUAUCCCUUUAAGGGCUAAAUACUUGUGACUGAUUAACACGUGAAUAUCAAAUACAAACCACAUAAUCAAAGUUACUAUCUUCAUAGUAAAUACUACCAAAUAGAACAUAGUCAACGAUUUUAUGUGAUUACCGCUAUGGUAUUUCAAAUUAAAAACGCAAUCAAAUUUAGUUUCCAGAACUCUACAGCCUGUUUUAUCUUUAGGCAAAAUGUUGGAAUAUUAAGACUAAGAAGAAGUAUAUGUCUCAUACAAUAUAAAGGUCCACUGUUCUGCACUGCAGGCUAAAAUAUCGAGAAUUUCUUGUCCACCUGGCAAAUAUAGAGCAGUCUUUCAAUACUAUCGGGUAGUAUAAAGAGUACGAGCGGAGAUAUACUGCUGUUUUACAUAAGGGUCAAGCCUCUCAAAUAUUUGCCUCUGGUGAUAAUCGACAGAACAUUUCAGAUGAUGCAUAUCUUGAGUAUUUUGAGUUUACUAACUGUGAAGACCGCCUUGGUCGGGAUGGCGGUAUUCCUGUUGGUGAUGUCAUAUCUACAGAGGAAGAAGUACAAACUGCCGCCAGGACCUCCUCAGCUGCCGAUACUGGGGAACUACUUCACAUUCAGAAAGGAUGGCCGAAUGUAUGCUGUCUUUACCAAGCUCGGGAAGUCAUUCGGUGAUAUUUUCACUGUUAAUUUCGGCUUUGGUAACACGGUUGUAGUUUUAAACUCUGCAGAAAUGGUUCACGAGGCGUUUGUUGAGAAGAAAGAAAUAUUUGCGGGGAGGGACGAAAUUAGUUGGAAAUUCGAACUCUUCAGCGGAGGUUUCAAGGACAUAGGUUUUGCCAAUUAUGGUCCCGUGUGGAAAUUACAAAGACAAAUGACUUUAAAGGCAUUCAGGACAUACUUAGCAGGUGAUAAAUUGGAAUCAUUCACGAGGUCCGCUUUUGAUGAAGUCGCCACCUUGAUUGAAAAGGAGACCGAGCCAUUUGACAUAGAUGUUCACAUCCGGUUACUUGUCUUCAACAUUGUCUGCAAGAUGGCGUUUGGGAAAAGCUACAAAAUUGACGAACCUGAGUUUGUAUGGUUGAAGACAAAUCUGGAAAACACUAUGCAAACCUUCUUUGGAGGUGUAGUUCCUACUGACGUCAUCCCUGCCUUGAAGUAUUUUCCUAUUCCAUCAUCCCUCAAGAUAAAACGACUCACGAAUGACGUCAUUGGUUUUCAAAAAGCCAAACUGGAAGACCACAAAAUAAAUUUAAAAACAGGUGAGGCCAGAGACAUCAUGGAGCAGAUGUUGCUACUGAGAGAGGAGCUGACAGAUGAAAGUGAUGACAACAUCAAGGAGUCGCUGACUGACACUCGCAUCCUGCACACCUUAUUGGAUAUAUUUGUCGCUGGAACAAAUACCACAUCAGAUACGUUGAAAUGGAUGAUUAUGUAUGUAGCAGAUAAUCCGAAGAUUCAGGCAAAAGUACACAAGGAAUUAGACGGCUUAGGUAAAGAUUUCGACAAUCUCCGUCACUGCAAGUCCAAGUUGCCUUACUUUGAGGCUGUUCAACGAGAGGUUAUGCGCAUGCGCCCUGCUGCCCCGGCAGGUCUCCGUCACCAGACCCUCUGUGACACCAAACUAGGUGGCUACGAUAUCCCAAAGGGCACUCUUGUCUAUGCAAAUUUUUGGACAAUCCACAAUGACCCGAACAUUUGGGAAUCGCCGGAGGUUUUCAAGCCAGAGAGGUUUUUAAACAAAGAUGGCAGCUUGAAAGAGUUGGAUAACAAGGUUUGGGUGCCGUUCAGUAGUGGCAAGAGGAAAUGUGUUGGAGAAGCACUUGCCAGGGCAAACAUCAUGAUGAUUUCGGCACUAUUUUUCCGUCGGUUUAAGGUGAGCUUCCCAUUAGGCCAAAAGCCAGACUUCGAGCCUUCAAAACUUUAUGAAAUAAGUUGCAGCCCCAACCCUCAGAAGAUUAUUGUCCAGAAAAGAAACUGA